AUGCCAAACAGUACAAUAUUAUGCCAGUUUCAUAAUUUCCUUUGGAGACAAGUAAUAUUAGAUGAACCAAGGUGGCCAGAAUACGGUAGAAACAACCUUUUUGGUUCACCCGAGAGUAUCAGGCAUCACUUGGUCAGAAUUGUUGAAUACACCGAAAACCAAGAUGGAAGUCUUUGGGGGGAAAAGAAAAGGGGGAAAAUUCUAGCUAUUGUGGUUAUGAUAAUCCUAGUAGUCCUGGUAGUAGUCUUAGUAGUGGUCCUAGUCAUAAUUGAUCAUCUUAAAACCAAUAUUUCGAUCAAAACCUGUAGUAAUUUUCGCAACAUGAGAAUACAAUUGAAAAUUAUCCAUUUGGCUCGUGGCGACUUCACAUGGCGCCGCAUCACUGUGCUACGCGUGGUUGGCCCGAGUUGCACGUGA